ACUAUAGUAGUGGGGCAACUUGGUUGUUUGCUUAAGUAUUUAGUUCAACGACACAAAGAGAUUCACUUGUUAGUUUCUCACGUUGCAGUCUAAGUGUAGUGUAGAGCGCAUCUAGCCAGUUAUCACUGUGUUGUAUUUUUUAUUUAUUAAUUAUAACGUAAAAAAUUUAUAAAAUGAAGUACGCUUUAAUAAAAAUACCCAAAGAAGAUAAAAGGGCAGUAGUUGAAACUUGUUACAUAAAAAAAUUCAGUGAUUACGGCGCUUAUACAAAAAACUGUGUAUAUCGUUACAAUGAUGGUAGAAAAAAAUGUAGAUGCUUAAUAUUACAUGUUUCAAAUUCAAAAGAGAAACUGGCCAAUCCGAAUUUUCGCGUUCGAGAGCCUGUUGUUACUAAUCCGUCAUCAUUAGAAUCAUCGUCUUCGGAUGAUGACGAAGAAGAUCAGUCGUUAGUCAAUAGGCUUAAAGCAGCAAGGAAAGAACAAAAGCAAAAUGUAAUUAAAUCUAAAAAACAAAAGGUCGAAGACAUAAUAACAACUUAUAAAAAUAAUAGGGAAAGUUCCGAAGGAAAAGUUUCUAUUGGACUUAAUUCAGAUGAUAAAAAUAAAAAAAUAUUUAAUAAUGAUGACCAAAUAGAAGAACAAAGCCUAUUAGACAAUGAAGAUCCGUCUGGUAUACUCGUCAAUGAAAGUAUAGAAGAUAGACAUGCUGAGCUUGAUGGCAUCUCCCAAACCAGAAACCGAUCAAUUAUUCCCGAUUCAGACAGCGAAGAUGAUAUGUUUGGUGAACCCCAACACAAACAUAUUGAGGCAAACGUGAAAAUAAUUAACAAUAAUGAAGUUAGUUAUUCAGAGUCCAUAGCACCACCCGCAAGUAAUGAGGUUCCGAACAUUAUAUUAUCAGAUCAAGAUCAAAAUGGCAAUCGACGAGCUCUAAAAAAUAUAACGAAUUUUGAGCCUAAACAGUUGACAAUGCGAUUAAUGCAAGACAGCCGUAAAAAAGAUGAUGAAAUAAAGAAUUUAAAACGCCAGAAUCAAGAAUAUCGAGUAAAAGUAGCUUCUUAUCACCAAAACCUGCAGAGACUACAGCAGCAACAACAACAAGAACCACAACAAGAACUACAACAACAACCACAACAACAACCACAACGACAACACCAACGACAACAACAGCAGCAACCACAACAUCAGGAUCGUUAUAAUCCUUACUACUAUCUUGAACAUGACGAAUUUCAUGUUGGAGACAAUAUUUACAUUCGCAGUACAGAAUCCCGUAAGGCAUUUGACGCAACAGAUCCGCCCAAAUUCAUAAAAAUAAUGUCACACGCAAUUUGGGGUGUAAAUAACAUUUCAAAGCUCGUAGUUCGUAAACAAAAAAACACUGGAAACCGCGAAGAAUUAGAUGCUAGGAGAUUAGAAUUGCUAUCUAUACACUAUCAACAUUUUUUAAAACAGCGUAAUUAUUCUGAGGGAGUUUUUGUUUUGCAGUUACGAGCUAUGAAUAGAUAUUUAGACCGAGCAAUUCAGAGUGCUAAAAAAACAGUUCGACGAUCAUUACCUGAAGCAUAGCUUACAUAUUCUGCAUUUCACACCAAAUCUAUUGCUUUUAAACUCAACUCUAUUCGAUUUGGAUUAAACUUGUUCAUCCGUCUUGUACCCUAUCAAAAGUAUUAUCUAAAAUUUCCACUAAUUUUUAUGCACCACAAAAAAAAUUUUUGAUUUAUAGAGAUAAAAUAUUUUUUUUUCUAAUAGCUAUAAGUUUUUAAGAUUUAACUUAUUAGAAUGGUUUUCUUUUUAAGUUUCUUAUUUCAAAAUAUAAUUUUCAAAUUAAAAAAAAAAAAUUAAAACUAAUUUUCAUCGUUUAUUUUUAGAUUAUUGAAACAGGUUUAA